ACCGUCGGUUCUACUACCUAAUCGUAUGUCGGCUGUCUUCUGUGUUGCGACUUUCUAUAGAUGGCAUCACUAUUACGGUCGCUCUUAGUGCUCACUGACAACGCUUACGCCGUAACUGUAUAGAUGAGAUCUGAAAUAACCGUCUAUUGGCAUAUUCGCUGUUUGUCAUCUAUCAGCGAUGUGUUAUUUUCUUUACUGGAAGCGUCGUCUUGCUACAGAAGCUGACACUCGACCAGCGACUGUACCUAAUCGUGCGGUUGCGGGAACGCCACUAACCUGUGCCUCUUUGCUGGUGAAAACUACCAAAACGCUUGCAUCGGUGGUCACUUGUUCUAUUAAUGGUGGUGCCUGAGAACGUUGUCCGUUAUGUGUUUGAGAGCGCAGCAGUAUGUUGGUGUUGUUAUAUGGUGUGAUUGGUUGCUUGCCGGUCAGUCCAUUGUACCCACCGUUGCCUCAUCAACUUUUCCCAUACCGUUGCCCAACUGAGCAUCGCGAUAUGACAACCGACACAUGAUGAAUAUGGAAAAAUGGCUGCGUCUACUCCGUACUUAGGUUCAAAGAUCAGCCUUAUUUCUAAUGCUGAAAUCCGCUAUGAAGGAAUCCUGUACACCAUCGAUUCGAAAGAAAGUACCGUCGCGCUUUUUAAGGUACGCGUUUUUGGCACAGAGGAUCGAAAAACGGAUACUCCAGUACCUCCUAGUGAUGACAUCUUCGAAUUUAUUACCUUCACAGCCUCGGACAUUAAAGACCUGCGGGUAUGUCAGCCACCGGUUGCAUCAUUAGUGCAGGAUCCGGCCAUAGUGAGCCAUUCAAUGGCUCCCCCACCGGGUCCUCCUGGACCUCCCGGUCCACCUGGUCCAUCAUUUGGAGAUUUCUCUGGCACACCAUACGCGAACCAAGGUCCUCCGCCUCCUCGACCCAUGUACAUGGGCGGAUCACCGUUUGGUGGCGGCCUUGGAUUAUCACCGUCAAUGCUGGCACCUGGAGCUGGUCUUAGCGGAGGCCGAGGUCCUGAACUGCCUGGACCGAAUGGACCUCCAAUGGGUUUCCCACCUGCGGCUGGCGCUCCCAAAGUCGAUUCGUGUGCACAAUCUUUGAAUGAAGGUGCUGGUUCACGAAAUAGCAGUCCCGAUCUUCUGGGAAAAGCGAUGACCAGUGGCGGGGGCGGCGGUGAGCGACGCGGACCGCUGGAGCAUGAAGAAGACGAGCGGGAGGUUCAACGAGGAAACAAUAUGAGUGGGUUUCGUGGAAGCGGUGAAGGCUCAAGGUUUUCUGGCUACCCAUCACCCCGUCCGCCCCCUGUACCUCGUGAGGGUUUCCACGGACAGAGGGACGCUGGUUUCCAACAGCGACGCGGCAUUCAGGGACCGGCGCAUGGGGGGUAUACAGGGGGUCGUGGCGGUAGUGGUAGUGUCGGCGGAGGUGGUUUUCCACCAAUGCGCGGCCGAGGCGGCGGGAUGGGACGAGGUGGCCGUGGUGGUCUAGGCGGACCUCGCGGCCUACUUCGUGGUCAGUUGCAGCCUAACAAGGAGCCAUUGAAGUUCGACAAGGAUUUCGAUUUCGAACAGGCAAAUCUUGAGUUCCAGGAACUCGAGUCGAAAAUGGCCAAGGCCAAUAUCACUGCGUCUGAGUGGGAUGUGGAUCUCGAGGCGGGAACUGUCGGGGGCGAUAGUGGUGGUGGAGCAUCAGCGAGCGGAGCGGCUGGUGCGAACGGUGAUGAUGAGCAAAGUAGUGGCGUGAAGAGCGGUGCCGGCGAAGAUGCUAACAAGGGUGGCAGCGGCAGUGAGAAAGGUGCCGGGGACGAGCCUGCUCCCGAAUACUACAACAAGAGCAAGAGCUUCUUCGAUCAGAUCAGUUGCGAGGCCUUGGAACGGCAAAAGGGCCAGAAUGGUAACCAGCGUGUGGAUUGGCGGCACGAAAGAAGCAUCAACAAGGAAACGUUUGGUGUAGCCGCACCACCAAGCUGGGGCUACCGAAACCGCGGUGGCGGAUGGGGCGGUGGAUACCGUGGGGGACGUGGCGGCUACAGUGGUGGAAGCUACAGUGGUUAUCGAGGCGGCGGUAGAGGUAUAGGCUAUGCACCCCGAAACAACUACGAUAGGGGUUAUGGAGGUCAUCAAGGCUCAGGAGGUUACGGGGGUCACCAGGGUGGAUAUGGUCGCGGAUACGACGCCCGAAACAGUCGAAGUAACACUAACAAUCAUAUGGCUAGUGGCCGCGGAGGUGGUCCCCGGGGCCCCCGGCAGCCGCAGGCUCAACAGGCGUGAUUGGUUGAUAAU